UACUUACCGCCGUCAGUGUGUCUGUGUGUGUGUGUGUUCAGGGGAUAGAUAGUACAGAACGCAGUGAGCUGGAGUCCAGACGGACCCAAAUUUCACCUUUUGCCUUCAAUUCUAGGAUUUUCUCGUCCACCUGGAGCGUGAGUCCCUGAGCGUCUUAUUAAUGUGUGACCCGAGGUUGUCCGUGGCAGUAACCAACCAGCUCGCCGAUGGCCGCCGCCGCCGCCGCGGGCACGACGCCGCGGCCUCCGGUGAAGAGCGUGGUGGUGUACAAGAACGGAGACCCCUUCUACAGUGGACGGAGGUUCGUGGUCAACCAGAGACAGGUGGCCACCAUGGAGGCCUUUCUGACUGAAGUGACCCAGAGCAUCGGGGCUCCGCUCGCCGUCAGGACUCUGUACACCCCGAGAAAGGGUCACAAGGUCAUAGACCUCCAGGAGCUUCAGACGGGAGCCCAGUAUGUCGCUGCUGGCUUUGAGAGGUUCAAGAAACUGGAUUACUUGAACGCCAGAGCGAAGAAUCCGCCCGCUGCCCGUGAAGAAAGCCAGGCCAAAGUAACCCAGAGGCCAAAUGUUUCAGCCAAAUGGAGGAAGUUUAUACCCAUACCUUGCAUUUUACACGUUUUCCGUAAUGGAGAUCUCCUGUGUCCACCAUUCCGGUUCAUCAUUCCUCGGAGCAUGCAGCAGGACCUGGAGAAGAUCCUGAGUCUGGUCACCGAGAAGGUCAGCCUACGAACCGGAGCGGUGCGCAGGUUGUGCACCUUGGAGGGGGUAACUGUGUCCUCAGCUGUGGAGCUGGAGACAGGCCACUGCUACGUUGCCGUGGGAACCGAGAGGUUCAAGAAACUUCCAUAUGUGGAGCUGUUGGUUUCAAAAGCCACAGAGAGAUAUAAUCCAGGAAAGAGGAGGCUGUUAAGGAGAAACGAGUGCAGGAAGGCGAGGAGCGGUCCGGAAGACCAGCGACUCAGCGACUCAGCCCUGCUCGACUCCCCAGAGUUCGGUCCGGCGGGGUUUCAGUCAGACGGCCGGCGGGUGAAGUCGACCGGGGACGAAGCGGCAGCUCCGGCAGCCGCGCAGCAGGGCAGCAGGAGAGAGGCAGCUGACGAGGCCUCUGCGUUCUUCGCCAGGCCGGUCAAGAUCCGCAGCUACAGGGGACAGCCGAGACCCCCACCCAGCAACGGGCCCGUCCAGCCGAGCGUGUCCAAAAGAGCACCGAGGAGGAGGAGAGAGGAGGCGCGAGGGGCCGAGGAGGUCCACGAGGACGAAAACACCGCCACGGAGCUCCCCGUUGACCAGAAAGCUGCAGAAAUAGUGGAGGACGAGGAUUUCAACAACAGACACACACAGCAGGCUCCGUCACCUGAACAAGAUGGUGUGAAACAGACGGAAAGCUCUGCUUGCACUCAUCACUCUGCUGCGGAAAUACUGGUGCACGAGCCGAAGCAGACGUCUUCAAAGUCACGGCCUUCGUCAUCAGCCACCGCGCCACAGAACGGGGAAGAAAAGGAGAGCCUACGUAACGCUCAUCGGGAGGACUGUUAAACCACAAGCACGAAAGAUGGCGGCGAGACGUCGCGUCAUCAUAACGGCAGAAGGCAAAAUGAGUCUUUGAUCACGUUGGAGAUAUUUCGACUGUGAUGAUGAAACAUGUGAAAUCAUUCAUUUAUGCCGUUAUCUUUUACAAAAGAAAUAACGAGUCAAAAGUGCUCGGAUAAUAUAAGAACAGAAAUGACAAAUGAUGGACACACUACUAUGAGCUCUAUUUUAAUACAGUCAGUCAAAACUGGACUUUUCUGACAUUGUAAGCUCCCAAAAGACAGUGAUCAUUCUAAUGCAGAUAUUGUGUAUCUAUAUACAAUUUGUAUACAUGGAGCAAUAUUUUUGAGACAUUUUAUUCCUAAAUGUAUUUACGAUCUGCAGAAAUCAGCGAUGGAGACCAUUGUGUUUUGCCAAAAAUUUAAUAAUAAACGAUCAGGCACAUAUCAAGCUAAAUAGGUCAACCCAUAACAAAGUAAAUGUCCAUUUCAAGACUGACAAUAAAAAUAUAUAUUACUAUGUUUCAA